AUGGGUUGCUAUCCCUCGACUCAGCAAAUGUAUGAGGAGGAUGCACGGAGAGCAUUCCAGGUGCCGGAUGUGGAGCCAUACGAAAACGCUAGAUAUCGACAACCACAACCACAACCAUAUCACUACUACGCCGAACCCUACGAGCCCUAUCCGUAUGGCCGAGCCCCCUCUGAUUACCGGAGUCCGUCAACGCCACGAUAUUCGACUCAAGCCGAUCCACCUGUGCCAUCUUCGGCGGCCUAUUGGCGCCCGGAGGAGUCGAGACCCUACAACAACCAGGUGUCGCAGAAGCAAGCGUACAGCCGCCACGACACCCAAAACCAGGUCUCGACUGGAGUUCGACGUAGCAGUGGGAACGCCUACCAAGUGUCGCAACCACGGGCGCCCAACCCUUACAGUGGCAACAAUCAGGUCUCUGCCCCAUACCAAAGAGCCACGCCUGGUUACACUGGCUAUGAAAACCAAGUGUCGCAGCCAUACAGGCGAUGA